CGAGAAUCAUGCAAAAAUGCAAGAUGUUGCUGCAGUUUCAGCAACGCCGCAUACGAGUGACCGAUUCCGUGUUCUCCGCUUUGUUAUUGUUGAUAACAUUUCGAGACUGAAAUUGCAAUCUCCGCCGUGCGUAGGUAUAUCUUUUUGCAGAAAUGCGGUCGCUUGAAAAAAACAUUCGGUCAGCAGUCGGUCUCUCGCUCCUUUUCAACUACGUGGUAGCGGAUUUCAUCACUACAGAAACUUCAUUUAUUGUUCAACUCGGUCUAGAUAGAAGCAGUGCUUGUUUCUAUUGCAAAUUGUAUUGUAUUGGAUCCGGUUUCUGUUGCAAAUAGAAAUACACAACAUCAAAAUCUUCGUGCCAUUACGAAGCGUCUUCGCCAGGUCUUAGAGUUAAUAGAGCCUCGAUCUGCAUAGUCUGUGCGCUCAGAGCUGCACAAGCAACCCGUAGCUCCGACUAGACUUGACAAAGUUUUAUUUUGCGCGCAUACGCACGACCCACGCAAUUGACUUUUUUGCUUUACGCAUACGCAGUACAUGAAAUUCGAACUUCUCGUCUCUUCUGCUUAUCGCUCUACAGCGAGUAUUGUGGUUAUGGUUAUGGUUUGACUUUGCGCUACAAUCACCUUCGUCGUACUUGAUCUUUAUCCCAAGUAAAACUGCACACCAUGACGAGUUCUCCCCCAGAAGUAGAAUGUUGCACAACUCUACGCCGGGCCGCGAUACCCUACGCGCAACCAAAUCUAGUCAUCAGACCGACUCCACUCAUGCCAAAAAAAGUCCCGUACGUCUUCGCGACGUCCCGGAACAUCCCCUUGACGAAAGACGAACUGGCCAAACUCCCAAAACUGGGUUCCAUGCAGCCCGCCCACCCGCAGAGAGUGGACAAUACCAAGCCGAAGACGAAGCAGCUGGCGGUCGUGCAGGAAAUUCUGGCAGGAAGGGAGCACCAUCAAUCACUAUCACAGGCGAAAAAGAAAGAAGGAGGUAAGGAGCAACAAGAAUUGGGUGAAUUGCUAAAAAAACGCGACGAUACGGACUUACUGCUUUGGUCGUUAGAUUCCUCAUUCGUUUCAGACAGGAGUUGCGGCGCGUGGACGGCAGACAAGAUGCUAAUGAAAGUUUGGCGGUCGAAAAUGCUGAGAAAUGACGCCAGCUGGGACAUGCUGAUGCUGCAAGGCAAGAAUGUCGGAGUUGAUAAAGUCACACCGGGUUGUAAGAGGGCCGCGCUGGUGGCGCAAAGGAACAAGGGGCAAGAGAGGGAGGAUCAGGGCCGCCCCCUCUCUGGUGCGAAGCAAGCUACAGCACCGGCUUCUGCGGAAGCUGCAGCAUCCUCUACAACGAUGGAUGAGAACAGAACACAAAUUGAGCGCUUGAUUUAUAAGCCGUUUACACGGACCAAAAGACCAGUCCAUUACGAUGAAAAUUUCAAGGUACCCCGCUGCAUUCAUAAUCAGUUCAAAUGCUAUAGGUGCGGGCUGUGA